CUAAGCCCCCUCUCCGCCUCCGUCUCCGCCCGCCGUCGGUGUCGCUUUCUGGAAGGUUCGUGAAAGCGGUGAACUCGUACCGUUACCCCACGGUGGACCGAAAUCCGCGUCCAUCCGUCCUUCCCGAGUCCUCGCGGACCCAGCUCACUUUAUCAUGCCCGAGAACGUGGCACCCCGGAGCGGGGCGCCAGCCGGAGCUGCCGGCGCGCCGGAAAGGGCCCUCGGCCGGGGGAAAGGCGCCUAUCAGGCCCGCGACAAGCCGGCCCAGAUCCGCUUCAGCAACAUAUCCGCGGCCAAAGCGGUUGCUGAUGCUAUUAGAACAAGCCUUGGACCAAAAGGAAUGGAUAAAAUGAUUCAAGAUGGAAAAGGUGAUGUGACCAUUACCAAUGACGGAGCUACUAUUCUGAAACAAAUGCAAGUGUUACAUCCAGCAGCUAGAAUGUUGGUGGAGCUUUCCAAGGCCCAAGAUAUAGAAGCAGGAGAUGGCACCACAUCAGUAGUCAUUAUUGCUGGCUCUCUUUUAGAUUCCUGUACCAAACUUCUUCAAAAAGGAAUUCAUCCAACUAUAAUUUCCGAGUCAUUCCAGAAGGCUUUGGAAAAGGGAAUUGAGAUCUUGACUGACAUGUCUCGACCUGUGGAACUGAGUGACAGAGAAACCUUGUUAAAUAGUGCAACCACUUCAUUGAACUCAAAGGUUGUAUCUCAGUAUUCAAGUCUGCUUUCUCCAAUGAGUGUAAAUGCAGUGAUGAAAGUGAUUGACCCAGCCACAGCUACCAGUGUAGAUCUUAGAGAUAUUAAAAUAGUUAAGAAGCUUGGUGGGACAAUUGAUGACUGCGAGUUGGUGGAAGGUCUGGUUCUCACUCAAAAAGUGGCAAAUUCUGGCAUAACCAGAGUUGAAAAAGCUAAGAUUGGGCUCAUUCAGUUUUGCUUAUCUGCUCCCAAAACAGAUAUGGAUAACCAAAUAGUAGUUUCCGACUAUGCCCAGAUGGACCGAGUGCUGCGAGAAGAAAGAGCCUAUAUUUUAAAUUUAGUGAAGCAAAUCAAAAAAACAGGAUGUAAUGUUCUUCUCAUACAGAAGUCUAUCCUAAGAGAUGCUCUCAGUGACCUUGCAUUACAUUUUCUGAACAAAAUGAAGAUUAUGGUAGUUAAGGAUAUUGAGAGAGAAGACAUUGAAUUCAUUUGUAAGACAAUUGGAACCAAACCAGUUGCUCAUAUCGACCAAUUCACCACUGACAUGCUGGGUUCUGCUGAGAUAGCUGAGGAGGUCAAUCUCAAUGGUUCUGGUAAACUGCUGAAGAUUACAGGCUGUGCAAGCCCUGGAAAAACAGUUACAAUUGUUGUUCGAGGUUCUAACAAACUGGUGAUUGAAGAAGCUGAGCGCUCCAUUCAUGAUGCCCUAUGUGUUAUUCGCUGUUUAGUGAAAAAAAGAGCUCUUAUUGCAGGAGGUGGUGCCCCAGAAAUAGAAUUGGCCCUACGAUUAACUGAAUAUUCACGAACACUGAGUGGUAUGGAAUCCUACUGCGUCCGUGCUUUUGCAGAUGCUAUGGAAGUCAUUCCAUCUACACUGGCUGAAAAUGCUGGCCUGAAUCCUAUUUCUACAGUAACAGAACUAAGAAACCGGCACGCUCAUGGAGAAAAAACUACAGGCAUCAAUGUCAGAAAGGGUGGUAUUUCCAACAUUUUGGAAGAACUGGUUGUCCAACCACUGUUGGUUUCAGUCAGUGCUCUAACCCUAGCAACUGAGACUGUCCGGAGCAUUCUGAAAAUUGAUGAUGUGGUUAACACUCGAUAAUCUGGGUAACACUGGCUGACUCGCACUGUUAUGACCACCAGUAUUACGGCUGGAGUGAAAGAAGAUUAUCUUUAUUCCUUUUGGUUUGGAAGAUUGUUUCCUCUCUGAAUUACUGGGCUUGGUCUUCUAGUUGGCACCCACUUGAAGUUGUAUUGAACAAAUUGAUGAAAAUAUUAAACAUUUGGUUUCAAAAGGCAAAUGAA